AGUGUUUUUCAAUCAAGUCUAAACUUUAAGAAUGUCAAACAUGACCUAUUAUCUCAUGGGCUUUUAAAUAGGCCUCCUGUGAUUUACUUUGCACUGACUGGGGGAAAACAAGCAGUUGACUGAGGGGCAACUAGUGGGUGUUAAGUCAAAACAUGUCAAAAUAAGUCCUCAAACUAUUGUAUUUGACUAUUUCUAUGACAUGAAACCAGAAAACAAGAGAUCAAAACAACCUCCAAGAUUCAACAAGACAUCAAAAACACUGCUAUUACCGAAAGUGACGUCUAUUGUGUUGAUAUCAACCUAUAUAUGUGGGAUCCCUUUGCUAUUUCACAAUCCAAGAUGGCGUCUGAUAGCGAUAUUUUAACAAAUGAUCUUGAGGAAGAACAAGAAGUUUCUGUUACUUUACCAAAGGUUCCUCUGUACAAGAGGGCAUUAAACUUCUUAUUCAAGAAUUAUCUUCCUAUAGGACUUAUAUUUCUAGUGUUUUUUGGCAUUUUAGUUCCAGCUCCGGGAGUUUUUCUCAGCAAGUAUCCUACUCAUUAUAUUUGCAUUGUUGGCCUUUUCCUACAUAGCGGGAUCAAGCUUCGCACUGGAGAGAUCAAAGAUGCCUUUCGUGCUUAUAAAGCCCUGCUUCUUCAGAUUAUUAUAAUAAUGUUCUUGACUCCUCUGAUUGGCGUUAAAUUGACUGAACUCUUACCCUUUGGAGGUCGUGUUGAGAAGGACUUUUCAAAUGGUCAAAAUGGAACGAUGAAUUCUACUCGAGAAAAAAUGAAUGAUUCUCAUGUAGAGAAAACUGUUCAUUCUGUUUUGGGGCCAGAGGCCUUUAGGACUGGAAUACAGAUGUACUUUAUAGUGCCUUGUACCAUAUCCGCAGGAGUAGUUCUGGUAGGACAAGCUGGAGGAAAUGCAGCAUUAGCUCUCAUGACGACAGUAAUCUGUAACCUUAUGGCUGUUUUUACUGUUCCACUGAUGAUAAAAUGGCUUAUGUCAUUCGAAGGGGUCAAAAUUGAUAUUGUACAGCUUUUAAUCAAGCUCAUUCUUACAGUGCUUGUACCUCUGUUGGUUGGGAAAGCUCUGAGGUUCAUCCCUCAUGUCCGAUAUUUUGUCAAGCAAAACACCAACAUCUUAAAAUGUAUCAGUGUAACUCUUCUGAUCAUGAUUCCAUGGAUGAAAGUCAGCCUAUCCAGCCACCACGGUGCCUUUAAAGACAUCAAUAUAGCUGGUGCAUUUGCCAUAUUGGCCUAUGGACUUGCCUUACAUCUAGGAUUUUUGAUCAUCAAUUAUGGGUGUUCUGUGUUAUUGAGGCUUGAGCAAGCAGAAACUAAAGCGUUUGUGAUUCUUUCAAGUCAGAAAUCUCUUAUUGUAGCUGUGACAGUGCUAUCGUUACUGCCAUUUGAUGGAGCAUUUCAAGGGCUUCUGACACUGCCGAUAGUCAUAAUACAUUUAGAAAUACUUGUUGUUGAUGCUUUUAUUGUAACGUACUGGCAUAACAGAACUGAGCAGAAUAUUGCACGCAAUAAAGAAGUUAGGACAAACAGAGAGGAACUUUCAAAGACCAAAAUUGUUAAUGAAAAUGGCAUUGCUAUACAUGUUUCAACUGUCUAGUUAAGAGGUACACGUCUAAUUUAAUAUUAGUAAGCUCUUGAAGUUAAGAAUUUCUGCUCAAACUCCUUGAAAACUCCUUCAAUUCAUACUUUUGCAAUUCAUACUUAAUUUAUACUGAAUAAUGGUCGGUAACUCCAUUGUUCUAUGUUGCUCAAAAGUUUUUGAUAACCAAUGUUAAUUUAAAAUUCAUGCUUUUCUAAAGCUCUUCAAAGUUAUAUAGGCCAUAAAAUGGUCACAAUGUAUA